AUGUAUUCUACGAGUCAAUCGUACUAUGGUGGAUACCAGAUGCCGCAGCAAAUGUCGCAAAUGCAGCAGCAACAAAUAUUGCAGCAAAUGCAACAGCAGGCAUUACCACAGCAGUUGCUACAGCAAAUUCCGACGCCAUCGCCGUCGCUGCAACAGCAACAGGCGAGUUUUCCAUACGGUUAUCAAACGCAAUGCCCGCAGCAAGGUUUUAUGCAGCAGAACAAUCCAAUGCAGACGUCACUCGCACAAAUAUUGGACCCGUCUCAAUCUUCAAUCAUGUAUCCGCUGGUCCAACCGUACCUGAUAGUCAACGGACAACCGCAGCCAAUGGUAGGGCCCCCGCCGCAGUUGCUCUGGAGCGAACUCAGUAGAUAG